ACGUACGUACUACCGCGCAUGCGUAGUAAGGAGGAAAGCCGCUCGGCCGUCGCUGUCAACAUGGCCGGCCCCGGUACUGAGGGGAACACAGCUGAAGCCGAGCCUGAAGUGGCUCCUGCGUCUAUACAAGGGGCUCAGCUGGUGCAGCAGGGGGCCGAGGCCCGGCUCUAUAGAGGCCGGUUCCUGGGACGGCCAACUGUGAUGAAACUCCGCUUCCCUAAGCGCUACCGGCAUCCACAACUGGAAGAACGGCUGAGCCGCCGGAGGACGGCACAAGAGGCCCGUUCGCUGCUGCGCUGCCGACGGGCAGGGAUUUCUGCACCUGUUGUGUACUUUGUGGACUAUGUUUCCAACUGUAUAUAUCUUGAAGAUAUUGUGGGAUCAACUACAGCCCGGGACUUUAUCAUCUCUGUUCAACAAUCUGACAAAGAUGCCAGCAACCUCAUUCUGUUAGCUGAGAAGAUAGGUGAGAUUUUAGCCCGAAUGCAUGAUGAAGAUCUUAUACAUGGAGAUCUUACAACUUCCAAUAUGCUUUUGCGACCACCAGCAGAAAAGCUGGAGCUGGUGUUGAUAGAUUUUGGACUGAGCUUUAUUUCUGCCCUUCCUGAGGAUAAAGGUGUAGAUUUGUAUGUCCUGGAGAAAGCCUUCUUGAGUACCCACCCAAACACAGAGGCUCUGUUUGAAGUGCUCUUGAAGAAGUACUCAGCUACAUCUAAAAAAUCAGCACCAGUGAUUAAAAAGCUGGAUGAAGUACGGCUAAGAGGAAGAAAAAGAUCCAUGGUUGGCUAGAUAAACACAAAUGCUGCAUGGCAGAGGAGAAAUGGAGAAAAUUUAAAUUUUGCAUACACUUCAAAACUUGUUUAAAUGUUUACAGUUAUGUUGGUUUGUGAAAUAAAAGUCAGAUUGCUUU